AUGGCAGGUCUUGCCAAUGUCCAGUCAUAUUCUGGACUUGACUCUCCGCAAGACCCGGUCAUAUCGGCUGGCGACUACGUGCUCACAAUGUGCCAAGAGCCAGUCAUUGGCCUUGUGGCAGGUGGGAAAGACAAGGUCAAAGUCGGAGACCACAACAUCGAAACGCCCGUUCCCGGAAACAAACUCGUCGGCACAGUCGUCUCUUCGCUGCACAGACUCAAAGACAAAGACAAUCAGGAUGUGGCGUAUUUUGUCUUUGGCGACGUUUCUGUCAAAGUAGAAGGGCGUUUUCGUCUAGUUUUUACACUUUUCGACAUGGGCGGUCAAGACUGCACGCAACUCGCGUCGAUCAAGUCUCAGCCUUUCAAUAUCUUUCCGAACAAGCUAUUCCCAGGUCUCAACGAAUCAACUUACUUGACCCGAGCGAUCAACGAUCAAGGCGUGCGUGUCAGAAUACGCAAAGACUCUCGGCAAUCUCAGACUUCGAAGCGCAACAAGCGAGUUGCUGAGCGGUUUAACGACUACAUGGGCAAUACUCGGCCUCAGCAGCGCCAAAGAAUUGGCUCAUCUGCUGGCUUCGUUACCCCAAGCCUGGGCGCCAGUUCGUCACAGCAAUUUUCGUCAACGGUCGCAGCAAGUCAUGGCAGCGCAUCAGCCUCGCUGACACAGCAAGCCUCACACGCCCCGUUACGCUACACUCUGGGUUCCUUUGCGCAGCCGAACCUCAAUGCAGGAGAAGGGGCAGCGCAUGAACACCCACGUCAAUCCCUAAGCAUACUACCCGGCCUGGCUUCUCACCGGAGCCAGGAGGGUCUUCCUCUCGGGGUCAAUUAUCCUUCAAGCGGUGUGGGCAUGGACAACGUCUUUGGAUCCUUGGCUCCUAACAUGAGCAUGAAUCCGUUUCCCUCACCAGCUCACAGCAGCGACAGUGGCCUUCCUUCGAGCGUCAGCAUGCAUGGCAGCAGCGGCCCCCCAGCAGAUCGCUUCCCUGAUUCGGGCCACGGACUGUGGGGUCGGGACUACUCCUGA